UAUUCAACCACAUUGUAUAUUCAAACAAUUGAUAAGUCGCUCGUGUUUAUUCGCGCGUCCAAAAAUACAUUACGAUGGUAUUAUUACCAUUAACAUUAGUACUAGUCACUCUAGUUCUGGCGUGGUACUUCAUUGGAAAGUACAAUGAAAAUUAUUGGAAGAAGCGUGGUGUAACAUUCUACACCAAAAACAAAGUAGUGGGACCCAUGUGGGACUUCAUGACAUCACAAAAUGCCCUGUUCGAGAUCUUCGGAAAACUGUACAAAGAAUACAGAAAAGAACCAGCGAUCGGCAUCGGUCAAUUCUUAACUCCAUCACUGUUUGUCAUUGACCCGAACAAUGUGCAACAAGUGCUAUCAGGUGACUUCCAAUCUUUUAAUCACCGAGGAAUCGAAAGCGUCGAAGGAGACACUUUGUCAGACAACAUUACCUUUAUGAGUGGUCCAAGAUGGAAGCUGAUGCGAUCAAAUAUGACUCCAUUGUUUACGGCAAACAAAUUGAAGAACAUGUAUUACAUCAUGGACAAAAGUGCUCAAGACUUCGUGCAGUAUUUAAAAAAUAACUCCAAGUUGCAGCGUAGUGAUUUAUUCGAAACGCUUAUGAUGUUCUGUAAUGCUGCUGUUUGUGGAGCUAUCUUCGGUAUUGGAUCAGAGUCAGUCUUUGAUACACCUUUCCUCAAGCUUGCCAAAAACUUAUCACAAUCGAAUAUACUGGUAAGAAUGAAAUUCAUAUUCUACACUUUGAGCCCGAAAAUUUAUACGGCGUUAGGUUUUAAACUUUUCAAAGAACAUGAAGAAUUCUUUGUUAAAUCAAUUGGUGAAGUGUUGAAACGAAGAGAUCAAGAAAAUGUUAAGAGACACGACUUCGCUGACAUUGCUUUAGCUAUACAGAAGAACGGUACCAUGAGAGACCGUACAACAGGAUACGAGAUAGAGCCUACGACGGGUAUACUCUCUGCACAGGCAUUGUUCUUCUUCACUGCUGGUGUAGAGCCUUGUGCUAAUGCGAUCUAUGCGACGUUGUAUCUCCUGAGCUCUCAUCCAGAUAUACUAGAAAAAGUGCAUCAAGAAAUUGAUGAACAUUUUGAAAAACAUAGCAACAAUAUAACUUAUGACGUAAUUUGUGAUCUGGAGUAUACGGAAAAGGUAUUAAGUGAGGCGAUGAGAAUCUUCCCUCCCAUUGGAUUUUUGACAAGACAAUGUGUUCAAAAUACUGUUUUGCCGAUCGGUAAUAUUCCAGUGGAGAAAGGAACUAAAAUAUUCACACCUAUUUAUGAUAUCCAUCAUGACCCAGAAUUGUAUCCAGACCCAGAAGUGUUUGACCCUGAGCGGUUCUCCAAGGAUAGGAGGCCUAACGACGACAUUUACAUGCCAUUUGGGAUGGGUAACAGGACGUGUAUAGGUGCCAGGUACGCCAAGUUGCAAGUGCAGGCUGGCUUGGUGCACGUCUUACGUAACUUCACUGUUCAACUCUCGAAAACCAGUGGAAAGUUGAAAUUUGCGCAUGAUCCUCUUAAUGUAAGACUCAGAAAUAUCGGUUUUGAGUUGAUUCCUCGAGCAAUUAAAUAGACUUUCACGUAUCAAAGAACAGGGGGAACUCCGCCUCUAAAUUAAUACUUAGUUAAAUUUUACAACUAGUGAUACCAAAUAUUUUUAUGUGAAGGACAUUCCUGUUAUGUGGGAGGUGGUAUUUUCCCCAAAUUCACCAUAACUGACUGAUGGGGGGCAUUGACUGAUUACUGAUGUAAAAAAAUGGCUUUUUGUUCAACUGUACAAUGUAUUAUUACGUGUAUUAUGUAUAUUGUAGUACUGUAAGAUUAACUGGUAAUAUCAUUAUAAUGUAGUCUGUACGCACUGUUAUUUUGUUUUGGUUUAAAAAAACUUGUCAACUUAGUAAAUGUUAUGCGUUUAUAAAAUAUUGU